GUGUAAGGCGCACGUAGUGAUAAAGCUAGCGUAGCGAAUAGCAUGCUAGCUAACGUUAGCUGGAACUGAAUUAGCCUGCUGGGCUGGGUUGUUGUGAUAUAGGAGAGGAUGCUCGUGUUUGCUUUAAUGUCCACCGUAGUUAUACCUGUGGUUACAUACGCUGUCAGCUGCCAGAUUGGCUUGAUGUCUUACAGAACACUGAAAGAAGUUAGAAGUAGAAUUAGCUCGUGGGCCCAUCUUAUUGAUAGCUACUGAUGUGGGUUAUUGUCAGUCAUAAAACCUAUAGUGCCUUUGGAUCAUGUAAAACCUUGGCAUGUAGGAAUGCUGGCAUUGUAUGGAUAGCCUCAUAAUCCUGGGAACAGAUUUUAGGGAAAGGCUUUGAUGCCACUUGCCACUGGUUUUAAAAUGAAACGAGAGUUGUUGUCGUUUAAUAUUGUAGGUCAUUGCCAGCUAUUAAUCAGAUAGAGGAUAUUCACUGAUAAUUCAUUGGUACAUAACUAGCACAGAGGCCGUAAAGUCACUGUUAAGCUUAGGGAGUGUGCCUGCUCCUUCACCUACAUUUUUAGGGUGUGGUUUCCCCUGUGCAAACUUAUGGCAAAUUCUUGCCAGUGUUUGCCUCAUAUAUUUGCUCAAGUUCUGGAUGCUCAGCCUUCCUGUGAAGCUUAAGAAUUGUCUUGUAUUUGUUUAUCACUUAUAAUUUUGUCACAAAGUAAAGUUAUUUUCUGUCUAUUUUGCAGUCUUGCGUGGUGUGUUAGGAAUUCGUACUGCUGAUUCAGUAGAAAUAAAGUGUGCCUAAUAGCGCCUUCUUCUCCUUGAGAUUCCUUUGUUUGUCAGGGAGGAAGUCAACAAGGAACUGAUACUGGCAGUAAGGGAGAGUUCAGUUAUUUGAGUUGCACUUAGAAAUUUUAACAUUCUCUUCUCCAGCCUUCAGAGAGAGGAGGAAAUGACCCAACUGAGUGUCCGCCGGUGGACACCCAAGCACGUCGCCAAGUGGCUGAAGGAAGAGGGCUUCUGUGAUUAUGUGGACCUGUUGUGCAACAAGCACCGACUGGAUGGCACCAGUCUGCUUGCCCUCAGCGAGUAUGACCUCCGAUCGCAACCUCUGGAGCUCAAGGUGCUGGGGGACAUCAAGCGGCUGAUGGUGUCCAUCCGCAAACUUCAGAAACAGAAUAUUGACGUGUUGGAGGAGCUGGGUCUCCCCUUUGACGGCCACUCUCCUACAGGCUCUGGGGGCAGUUUGGACUGGCUGUGUAAUGGAGACCCGGGAAGAGACUGUGACAGUACUGACACAGCACCAGUGGGAGAGGAGUAUCACCAGUACACUAAUGGAAAGUACAAGCAGCAGACGAGGCGUCUGGAUCCAGAGUACUGGAAGACAGUGCUUAGUUCCAUCUAUGUGGUGUUUGUGUUUGGGUUCACAUCCUUUGUCAUGGUCAUAGUGCAUGAAAGGGUUCCUGACAUGCGCACAUACCCUCCACUGCCAGAUAUUUUCCUAGACAGCGUGCCUAGAAUACCAUGGGCUUUUGCCAUGGCUGAGGCAUGUGGAGUGAUCCUCUGUAACAUCUGGCUCCUUGUUCUGCUGCUGCACAAACACAGGUCCAUCCUGCUGCGGCGCAUGUGCAGCCUCAUGGGGACGGUGUUCAUGCUGCGCUGUAUCACCAUGUUUGUCACCUCCCUGUCAGUGCCAGGACAGCACCUGCAGUGCUCAGGAAAGAUCUAUGGUGACAUGUGGGCCAAACUGCAGCGAGCUGUGGCCAUCUGGAGCGGUUUUGGGAUGACCCUAACUGGAGUGCAUACAUGUGGUGACUACAUGUUCAGCGGCCACACUGUGGUCCUCACCAUGCUCAACUUCUUUGUCACAGAGUACACUCCACGAAGCUGGAACUUCAUCCACACAUUGUCCUGGGUUCUCAAUCUUUUCGGCAUCUUCUUCAUCCUGGCCGCACAUGAACACUACUCCAUCGACGUGUUCAUAGCCUUCUACAUCACUACCAGACUCUUCCUCUACUACCACACUCUAGCCAACACCCGUGCGUACCAGCAGAGCCGACGAGCUCGCAUCUGGUUCCCCAUGUUCUCCUUCUUUGAGUGCAAUGUCAACGGGCCCGUGCCCAACGAGUACUGCUGGCCCUUCUCUAGACCUGCUGUGAUGAGGAGGCUGAUUGGAUAAAGAGCAGGAGCAGCAGCAGUACUUUCAGACACUACUUAACCUGUGCUGUUUUGUCUGCUUUGUCAAGUUGCCAACUGAGACGGUGUGUGAUAUCCUCAUUAACAAAGACGACUGAUGUCAUCCUGUCAGCACGGCGGCCUGAUGGGAUACACAGAGCCAUACCUUCUUAUAUUCUGGGACUUAGCUUCUCCUAACCUGAUUCCCCUGCCACCAUUUUAGGAGGAUUAAACAAAUUCUACAAAGCCCUGCAGAGUUACUUAAACACCCCGUUAACACUCUUGACGCUUGAUUUGAAAACUGAACACAGUGGUGAUAUGUCUCAUUGUUUGGUCACUCAUUUUUCCUCAAACGAGGUAUCAUUUUAUGUAGCAUGAACUGCAUUUUUUCGGUACCUCCCAACUUACAAACUUAGUAUUUAGAUAGCACAUGAUAAAAAGAAGCCACAUUAAAAAUUCUCAGGCAGCAGGGUACCUAAUCCAUCCUAGCAGUUUAUCAUUUCUUGUGAAUUUAAAAUACCUAAUCAUUUCAACGUUUGGAUCUUGAUUCUUGACUGAAGUCUUACCUCCCACUUUGUAAUUUAUCAAAACGUGACUCUGUGGACCACUGUUAAAGCAAUAUGUAAAGAUCUACCUUACGCUAACGCUUUUUUCUGUUUAGCAAUUUUCUUUUCAUUGCAUUGAGAAGCAGAUGUUAUGAAAGUCUUCUGCAUUCCUUGAGAUUAUGCUUAUAUUCUGACAGUGUUACUAGAUGCUGACAGAAAAUCCAUGGCUCAUCAUAAGAUAAACUACAACAUACACUGACUCCUUUUUUCUUAUUGUUUACGUAGUCUGCUUAUUCUUUACUAGACUUGGAAAGAUACAUUCAAGAAAUGUCUACAUCAGCCAAAAAAUGUGGAAUGAAAAAAUGAUGUGGAAUGAUUUUUUCCAGCUGUCUUAAAUGUAAUUCCAUUUGCCAAUUACCUGGAGUGUCACGAUAGGUUUCUCUGUGUAGAAAUAUCUGUCAUGUUUACUGUUGGAUAGUUGUAUAGUGCUUUUUUUAAAUCGUCAUACUGUGUAAAUGACAAGACCCAAGUACCAUUUGAGCUUUCCCAGAUAUUCCUUUGACAUUGAUCUGUAGUAAUAGUAAAAAAAAAAAGACCCUUAAAUUUGUAGGUAUUUGUUUAUAUUAAUUUAUUUCAUUUUGUAAAUGUUGAUAGGUAUUUUUAUAUUUCAUAUACAGAGUUACAGCAACAUGCACAUGGAGAAAAACGUUUACAGUUGCUCUUAACAAUGUAUUUGUUUGAAACACAAUGUGCUAUUUAAGUGUAAUGUUGAUUUCAGAUUGGCCUCUACAUUUCAUUGAGUGAAACUUGCCACUGUAGUAAGAGAUGUUGUCAUUGAUUUGGUCAUAACAACACGUAAAGAACAUGAAUACUCUGAGUGAAGGCAGGGAAGGCAGUUCAUUGAGGAACAAUGCUGUUAUGUUUAUAUGCUCCUGCAAAAGCCACAUAACUUGUCUCAUGUCUCGUUCAGUCAUUUCCAUCAUUAAAGAGCUGAAAUCAAA